AGUGUAGGAACGGAAGCCGGGAAGGAACUAGGGCGGAAGGCGGACCAGGGCCAGGGCUUGUGUUCGGUUCCUUGGCGGGGCUGGGGGUUCCGAUGUGGUCCCCGGAGCGGGAGGCCGAGGUCCCGACCGGGGGAGACCCGGCGGGCCUCCUGCCCCCCGAAUGGGAGGACGACGAGGAGCGCAUGUCCUUCUUGUUCUCCGCCUUCAAGAGGAGUCGCGAGGUGAACAGCACCGACUGGGACAGCAAGAUGGGCUUCUGGGCGCCGUUGGUGCUGAGCCACAGCCGCCGCCAGGGGGUGGUGCGCCUGCGUCUGCGGGACCUGCAGGAGGCCUUCCAGCGCAAGGGCAGCGUCCCGCUGGGGCUGGCCACCGUGCUGCAGGACCUGCUGCGUCGGGGAGAGCUGCAACGAGAAUCAGACUUCAUGGCCAGUGUCGACAGCAGCUGGAUCUCCUGGGGGGUCGGGGUCUUCCUGCUGAAGCCCCUCAAGUGGACUCUUUCUAACGUGCUGGGGGACAACAAGGUUCCAGCCGAGGAGGUGCUCGUGGCUGUGGGGCUGCUUAAGGAAAAGGCCGAGGAGGUGUAUCGCUUGUACCAGAACUCGCCCCUGUCCUCCCACCCCGUGGUGGCCCUGUCAGAGCUGAGCACCCUCUGCGCCAACUGCUGCCCAGACGAGAGGACCUUCUACCUGGUGCUGCUGCAGCUGCAGAAGGAGAAGAGAGUCACCGUCCUGGAGCAGAACGGGGAGAAGAUUGUGAAGUUCGCCCGGGGACCACAUGCCAAGGUGUCUCCUGUGAACGACGUGGAUGUCGGUGUCUACCAGCUGAUGCAGAGUGAGCAGCUCCUCUCCCGCAAGGUGGAGUCCUUGUCCCAGGAAGCUGAGAGGUGUAAGGAGGAAGCCCGUCGGGCAUGCCGAGCAGGAAAGAAGCAACUGGCACUGAGGUCUCUGAAGGCCAAGCAGCGGACGGAGAAACGCAUUGAGGCCCUGCACGCCAAGCUGGACACAGUUCAAGGCAUCCUGGAUCGCAUCUAUGCCUCCCAGACAGACCAGAUGGUUUUCAAUGCCUACCAGGCAGGGGUGGGAGCCCUGAAACUCUCCAUGAAGGACGUCACAGUGGAGAAGGCAGAGAGCCUGGUGGACCAGAUCCAGGAGCUGUGUGACACCCAGGACGAAGUUUCUCAGACUCUGGCUGGUGGGGUAACCAAUGGUUUAGACUUCGACAGUGAGGAGCUGGAGAAGGAGUUGGACGUCCUCCUUCAAGACACCACCAAAGAACCAUUGGACCUGCCUGACAACCCACAUGAGAUGCUUUACACCAACAGUGUGCCUAACCCUAGGGUCCCGGAUGCUGAGCUUGAAGCUGAACUUGAGAAACUGUCCUUAUCAGAAGGAGGUUUGAUCCCAAGCAGUAAAUCGCCAAAAAGGCAAUUGGAACCGACUCUCUAAAGCCAUUGUGGGACCUCAUGUGAAGGACCCUUGUGUAAAAGAGAGACAACUUCAUGUGUGUACAUAGUUAUUUAAAUGAGAGCCACUCGGAAUUUGUUGAAAGAGGAGGAAAGAACCACUGGAUAUUCCUGGAUGCUGCCACUCCCAACGGGCCAGACACAACUGGAAGCGAUGCGGCGAAGGCCUGCUCCCAGCUGCUGUCGUGGGCUGCCUUCCCAUCUUCCUAGUGCCACAGUUGAUACGGUCUGUGUUUACCUGUCGUCUCCUAGACUGCGGUUCUUGCCAUCGGCUCUGUUAGGUUUGUCUUCACCUACCAGCUCGUACCAGCCAAUGAAGGUGAAAGAUUGCGGCUUUGCCACAUCAAAGUCAGCCCUCUCUUCCACCCCCAGGGUCUUUUGCUUUUUAAAAAGGAAGAUCUGUUCAUAAUGCCAGCUAAACAGCUCUCUCCUGUCCUCUCUGUCUCCAUCGGGAAUGACAAGAGUGAGAAUUGACCAAGUUUCAUUCAAGGGACUUAAUGGCUGUCGCCUCAUAGAGAAAUGCGCAGUGUACAGGAUGUCUCCAUAGGUGGCUUGUCAGAUUCCCCCGAUGUUGAGGAGCUCAGGGUCAUGGCAGUGGGAGCGGGGCUGAUGUGACUGACGGUCACAGCCUCUUCCCUUCAGCAGAAGCAGGUCUGCUGAUGGGGUAGAACAGUUAGUUUUGACCUUUUGAGUAUGAGUGGGGAGAAGCCCACGUAAACUGCAGGGCCCAAGGUGUCCAAACCCCAUAUGCUUUUUUUAAGAGGCAAAUUUUUGGCUCAGUCCCAUCAGGGAACAGCAAAUUAACAUAUAUUUUUUUCCAGAAUAAGCCACUCAGUUCCACACUCCCCCUUCUUGAGCCUGGUGCACACCAACAGACUCCCUGUUAGGAUCUGGAAGUCCUUUUCCCAGGUAGCCCGUGGCUCAGGGCAGGGAUGGGAGAUGAGAUGUGCAAUAAGAGGGCAUGGGCUGCCGGAUCUGUUCUGGCCCGCCCCGGCCCUGAGCGCCCCUGGGCUUCGCUCUUGCAGGCCCAUCCUCCUGCUCCCUUGGAUGAACUGGGGAGCAGGGACUGGCAGGAAAGGGCGCGCCUGUGUACUUUGGCAGCAAAGUGGAGCAGAACGACGAUGCCGCUCUGCUGCCCGGGGGCAAGGACUGCCUGGAGCCCUCGGCACUGCUCUCCUGCUUGAGGUGGUGCCCAGCAAAGACGAGGGCUUGGCUCCAAGUCAGGAACCCGAACCCAGCUCUGCUCAACCAGCCUCUCCCACUUGGCCUUGGUAAAUGGAAAUGUUGGGGGUGAAGAAAACAAUCACUAUUUUUUUCUUUUUUAAUCUGGUAAAUAAUUAAAAGAGAAAAAUCCA